GCCGUACAUGCUAAACGCGUGUAGGCUACAAACAUGGCUACAAUCCUGUAGGGUAGCAUGUGAGACUUACUUGUAUGGGACUUAAAUAUAUAUACAAAUAUAUUUAUUUAUAUUGGACAAAAAGUAUAUUGCGCGUUUGUGAUGUUAGAAAUAGAUCAAUAAAUUGUUAUCAGUGUUGAGUUGAGUUUAGAGCUGAAUAAGAGCUGCACUGAAGUGUGUAAGGAGGUCUGUUGAGUUUUUAUUGAAGGGUUCAUCAUGAGUGGCUGUGCUAGUGAUGAAGAUGAUGAUGUACCUCAGCUCUCAGAUGCUGCUCUGGCGGCUCUGCACGAGUUUUAUGCUGAGAAUGAAGCAGGAGACUCAGCACACAGAGACAGUUACACUGUGGGGGCCAUUAAGGAGGACUGGCGGAUGAGCCAGUUCUGGUACAGUGAUGAGACAGCGACACGGUUGGCCGAGGAAGCCAUACAGCAAGCAGGAAAACAGGGGCGAAUAGCGUGCAUCAGUGCACCCAGUGUCUACCAGAAGCUGAAGCAGCUGGAAUCUGAGAACGUAGAUGGGUCGCACUGCGUAUCAGCUGUGCUGCUUGAGUUUGACCGACGAUUCACUGCAUACGGUGAUGAGUUCAUCUUCUACGACUACAACAAUCCGCUGUGUUUGCCUGAAGAUGUCCUCCCACAGAGCUUUGACAUUGUAAUUGCAGACCCUCCAUACCUAUCUGAGGAGUGCCUGAGCAAGGUGGCCGUGACAGUUAAAUACCUCACCAAGAGUAAAAUCCUGCUGUGCACAGGUGCUAUUAUGGAAGAGCAUGCAAGAAAACUCAUGGAUGUGAAGAUAUGCAGUUAUCUACCCAAACAUAAUCAUAACCUUGCCAAUGAAUUCAGGUGUUAUGUUAACUAUGAGUCCGGUCUUCUCUAGGCUUCGAGUGGGAAUUUUAAACCUGUUAAGGACUGCUGAGAGUUCAGAAAUCUUAAUCGGUCCAUUUAUUAUGGGAUCUUUUUUUUCUCUGGAGUAUCAUACCUGCAUUGUGUGAUAGUUUAAUGCAUGACCAGCUUUUUUUUUUAAAUCAAGAUUAACAUUAAUUGUACAUAUUAUAAACAACAUCAUCUUGGCUGUGUGAUUUUGAAUACAUUUGUGCUGAUUAAUACGAAAAUACAGCAUUGCAGUGAAAAAAAGCAAAAUUAAACCCAUUACUCUGAAACGUUUAAAGCUACGCCAUUCUACACUGAUCAGGCAUAACAUUAUGUCAGCAUGGGCACCCUGACUGGUCUGUGGCUACGCAGCCCCAUACGCAACAAACUGCGAUGCACUGUGUAUUCUGACACCUUUCUAUCAGAACCAGCAUUAACUAUUUUAGAAAUUUGAGCUACUGUAGCUCGUCUGUUGGAUCGGACCACACGGGCCAGUCUUCGCUCCCCACGUGCAUCAAUAAGCCUCGGCCGUCCAUGACCCUGUCUCCGGUUCACCACGGUUCCUUCCUUGGACCACUUUUGAUAGAUAUUGACCACUGCAGACCGGGAACAUCCUACAAGAGCUGCAGUUUUGGAGAUGCUCUGACCAAGUCGUCUAGCCAUCACAAUUUGGCCCUUGUCAAACUCACUCAAAUCCUUACGCUUGCCCAUUUUUCCUGGUUCUAACAAGUCAACUUUGGUGACAAAAUGUUUACAUGCUGCCUAAUAUAUCCUACCCACUAACAGGUGCCAUGGUGAAGAGAUAAUCAGUGGUAUUCACUUCACCUCUCAGUGGUCAUAUGCCUGAUCGGGGUAUAUUAUUGCACUUAGCAUAAACAAUAAUAAUAAUACAAAAACAGCUUAAUCAUAUGCAUGCAUGUACACACACAUUCUGUCAUUUUAAUAAACAAUAUGCAAGGUCUUGGGCCACCAAUACAGUGCAGUCACAUAUGUUUCUCUUUAAGGUGCAUUAUAAUAAAUGUUUUUGUAACUUUAAACAAAAAAAAA